AUGAUGUUGCUUCACGACUAUGUUUUCUGGCGAAAAACAAAAUUUUUCUGUCAGCAAGAAAAACCGGUUAAUGGUGGCCCAACCAUCGAUUGCCCCGUUAUACUGUACCCGUACGUAGCAGCAUGGCUCCACAAUACAGAUGCAAAGCAGACAUCAACAAAACAAAAUAUCAUUCCCCAUUGUUAUGAAAUAAUAACUAUAGAAAUUAUACGAGUUACUUUCGUUGCUGGUGUCAAACGGAAUGGCCGCCACUGUGAAUUUUCAAUCGAUAUCAACAAUUUGACGAUCGGUGAUGAAGAUCUACCUGAAGAGGCUUUCACGUUGCUGUCGGUGCUUCUAGUUGGAUUCCUGCUCCUGAUACUUGUAUUUUUAUCAGUCGCUGGCAAUGUCCUAGUUUGUGUAGCAAUUUACACUGACCGGGGGUUGCGAAGAAUAGGAAACCUAUUUCUAGCAUCCCUCGCGAUUGCUGACCUCUUCGUCGGUUGCUUGGUGAUGACAUUUGCCGGCGUAAAUGACCUCCUUGGAUACUGGGUCUUCGGCACGCAAUUCUGCGAUACUUGGAUAGCUUUCGACGUUAUGUGUAGCACUGCCUCUAUAUUGAAUUUAUGCGCCAUAUCUCUUGAUCGUUACAUCCACAUAAAGGAUCCGCUUAGAUACGGUCGCUGGGUAACAAGAAGAAUUGCAACUGCCGGGAUCGCUGUUGUGUGGCUAUUGGCAGGUCUCAUUUCUUUCGUGCCGAUCAGCCUGGGUCUUCAUAGAGCAGAUCAGUUCCUGGUUUAUGAUGAUGGGAAAGAGGAACAUCCAACUUGCGCCCUGGACCUUACUCCUACCUACGCAGUGGUAUCAUCUUGUAUCUCUUUUUACGUUCCUUGCAUGGUAAUGCUUGGAAUCUAUUGCAGACUUUAUUGCUACGCGCAGAAACAUGUGAAAAGUAUUCGCGCCGUCACGAAGAUACCGGAAGUACCUGUAGGAAAGAGCUUUCGUACAAAGAGUCGUUACAAGCCACCAAAACCGCAAAUGAAGUCAAAGCCGACUAGUCCGUAUCAUGUGUCCGAUCAUAAGGCAGCAAUCACCGUAGGCGUCAUCAUGGGCGUCUUUCUUAUAUGCUGGGUUCCAUUCUUCUGCGUUAACAUUGUUGCAGCCUAUUGUAAAACCUGCAUAUCAGUGCAAGCAUUCCAAGUACUCACAUGGCUUGGCUAUAGCAACUCGGCCUUCAACCCGAUUAUCUACAGUAUCUUCAAUACAGAAUUCAGAGAAGCAUUUAAAAGGAUCCUAACGAAGGGUGUGCGCUCCCGAGGAAAUCAGCCUUCUACUAGUGAAUGUGGUGAAUUUCGAUCUAUAGUGAUACAGAAACAUAAUGGCUCUAUGAUCGAGUGUAACAUCAGUCCGAGAUCGAGCGCGGACAGUUCUCACGUUGGGGUUAUAGCUCAGAUGCAUCCACGUCCGUUGAUAGUAAUUUUACUUCUAUUCGUCGUGACGGAAAGAAGCAAUUGUGACGAUAAAGCAGAGUGGUAUUUCGGUUUACGUUCUGCCUUGAAAAAUUGUCCUUCGAUGCCAUGGAAUAAUCUCAGUCAGGAUGAUUUUUUUGAUGUCUUUCGUCAAUGUAUACAACAACGGGCUCUCAACUUUUUGGAUUCCCUUCUUGUCGACGAUAUCAUACCGGUUAUCGAUGGAAUCGAUUUAAUUAGAUUUCAAGAUAAUUCCACGUCUUUACCAGAUGAAAUGGCUAAAAAGGAAAAUAUGUACAAUGAGACAGAAGACACUUCAAAUUGGACAGGAAUAGUUCUAAAUCGAUUGACAGGCAUUCUACGCACGCACGUUUUAAAGAUCGAUGUUGAUCACAUAGUUAACACUAUAUCUUCGCCCAUGAAUGAAACUGAAAUAGAUAGAUCUGAUAGUAAUAAUACCGUUCAAGGACGAAGGCGCCGCCAUCGACGACGUCAUAAUGUAAUGCCUCUGAUGAUGAUGGGUCUAUUGUUGAUGGGUUCAAUACUUGUACCAAUGGGUUUUCAGUUCCUUGCCGUUCUUGGCGGUAAAGCUUUAAUUCUUGCUAAGAUGGCUUUGUUAUUGUCAAGUAUACAAGGACUCAAGAAGAUAGCAACCAACGGUGUGAAUUAUGGCUUAUAUCAUGCACCUGUAUCUGAAGCUUGGCAUGAAAGAAGUCAUCAAGAAACGCCAACACAUUUUGAUUUACCCUAUCCGAUACACGCUCAGACACACGCUUGAAAUUCGUAUUUACGAUCAACGAUACGUGUCGAUCAACUUUAAUGAAUUUUUUCAUCGUAACAUAUACUCGGUCGUAUUUUUCAUAUAUAUAUAUAUGAAAU